UUCUCUGUCAUUUGCUUUCCGAAUAAUGGGUGGCAUUAAACGACAUCGUGUAAGCGUCGCACGAACCUUCUUCCUCCUCUCUUCGCAUCUUGAAACAAAAUUCGAUGUGCUCUCACUUUCAAUUCUGGGCGUGAUCUAGUAGGAAUCGGCAGCGAAUUUUAUAUUUUGUUCCACUUUCGAAGUCACAAUCUCGACGAACUCUUUCUAGCAACUACCUCUUCUUCUGAUAUUUCAACUGUCUUUUCUUCUUCUUCUUCUUCUUCUUCUGCUAAGCCAACCUUCAUAUACAUAUAUUUUCUUCCGAUAAACUGGGAGUCUGUGUGUUUUAGUUUUUUUCUUAUUUGUAUGAGGAGGCAAACUUUCUGAGAGGUUGAAAUGAAGUUUUCGAGCUGGAUUUUGAUCUUCCUCGUUUGUAAUCUUACCGUCUCGACGAUUUCUGCUUUCCGUCUGAGCCGAAGUCAACCAACCGAGCGAAUUUCAGGUAGUGCUGGUGAUGUGUUGGAAGAUGAUCCCGUGGGAAGACUGAAAGUCUUUGUUUAUGAGCUUCCAAGCAAAUACAACAAGAAGAUACUACAGAAGGACCCGAGAUGUCUCACCCACAUGUUUGCUGCUGAGAUCUAUAUGCAACGGUUUCUUUUGUCCAGUCCAGUUCGAACACUUAAUCCUGAGGAAGCUGAUUGGUUCUACGUCCCAGUGUACACCACUUGUGAUCUCACUCCAAACGGGCUUCCUCUGCCCUUUAAAUCUCCCCGAAUGAUGAGAAGUGCUAUUCAGCUCAUUGCUUCCAACUGGCCUUACUGGAACCGCACUGAAGGAGCUGACCACUUCUUUGUUGUGCCUCAUGACUUUGGAGCCUGCUUCCAUUAUCAGGAAGAGAAGGCAAUAGGAAGAGGAAUACUACCCUUGCUUCAACGGGCUACACUGGUGCAGACAUUUGGUCAGAGAAAUCAUGUUUGCUUAAAAGAAGGUUCAAUCACUGUUCCUCCGUAUGCUCCACCGCAGAAGAUGCAGUCACACUUGAUUCCCGAGAAAACUCCUCGAUCCAUCUUCGUUUAUUUCAGAGGAUUGUUUUAUGACGUGGGAAAUGACCCCGAGGGUGGUUAUUAUGCGAGGGGCGCACGAGCAGCUGUGUGGGAAAACUUCAAGGACAAUCCACUGUUCGACAUCUCAACAGAGCACCCGACAACAUAUUAUGAGGACAUGCAGAGAGCAAUCUUCUGCUUAUGCCCACUUGGAUGGGCCCCAUGGAGUCCAAGACUUGUGGAAGCCGUGAUCUUCGGUUGCAUCCCUGUGAUCAUAGCAGACGACAUCGUCCUACCUUUUGCAGAUGCGAUCCCUUGGGAAGAUAUUGGUGUGUUUGUUGAUGAGAAGGAUGUUCCUUACCUGGACACAAUACUGACAUCGAUCCCACCGGAGGUUAUACUGAGAAAACAGAGGCUGUUGGCUAACCCGUCGAUGAAACAGGCGAUGCUGUUCCCGCAACCGGCUCAACCAGGGGAUGCGUUUCAUCAAGUGUUGAAUGGAUUGGCUCGUAAGCUGCCUCAUGAGAGGAAUGUGUAUCUUAGACCAGGUGAGAAGCUGUUGAACUGGACGGCAGGACCGGUUGCUGAUCUGAAACCUUGGUGAGGACAAAGGUGAUAGAAGAGAGGUGGAAUUUGAUAGAAUUGAUUCUUUUGGUUAUUGGUUGUUCUCUUCUUGUUUCUGUAUUUUGUAGAAUCAGAACCCUUUUUUCUUCUUUUUAUUUGUUCUGUAGAACGGAAAAUGCUUCAUCAUUGUAAUGAAACUAGAAUCUUUUUGAGA